AAAUGCCUCUGUCAAAGGGUUUAUGACUACAUUCUAUCACUACAUAGGCAACGUUAGAAGUUUCAGGACCAUGGACAGCACACACACUUUCACCUUGAUAUACUUGCAUUUCAAUGACAUGAUGUCUGCAGCCCGCCUGGCCACACAGCGGCGCUAGUGCAGACACGUAUGGGAGGGGAAGGAGGCGGAGCCGAUACAGCGCAAAGAUGGCGGCGGCCUUAGACGAUGAAUUAGAGUUGGAUAACCAAGACUAUUAUUCUCUUCUCAACGUCAGGAAAGAGGCCACUCAGGAUGAGCUGAAGGCCUCCUAUAGGAGGUUAUGUAUGCUCUACCACCCAGACAGGCACAGAGACCCAGAGCUGAAGAGCCAGGCAGAACAGCUAUUUAACCAGGUGCACCAGGCCUAUGAGGUGCUGAGUGAUCCUCAGUCCAGGGCCAUCUAUGACAUCUUUGGGAAGAAAGGCCUGGAGGUGGAGGGAUGGGAGAUUGUGGAGAGGAAGAGGACCCCAUUAGAGAUCCGUGAGGAGUAUGAGCGGCUGCAGAGAGAGAGGGAGGAGAGGAGGCUACAGCAGAGGACCAACCCCAAGGGUACCAUCAGUGUGGGAGUAGAUGCCACAGACCUGUUUGAUCGUUAUGAGGAGGACUUUGAGGAAAUGCCUGGAGGAGGAUUCCCUCAUAUCGAGAUCAACAGGAUGCACAUCUCCCAGUCUAUAGAGGCUCCGUUGACUAACUCUGACACUGCAAUGCUGUCUGGCUCUCUCUCCACACACAACGGCAACGGAGGAGGCAACAUCAACAUGACUGUCCGCCGUGUCACAUCUGCCAAGGGCUGGGGAGAGUUGGAGUUUGGUGCAGGGGACAUACUGGGACCUCUAUUUGGGAUGAAGGUGUUCCGUAACCUGACUCCACGAUGUUUCCUGACGGCUCAGUGUGGUAUGCAGUUCUCUCCCCGUGGCGUGCGUCCCAGCUGUUCUUUAAUGACAGCACGUCACCUAGACCAGAACACUAUAGGUUACCUGCAAUGGCGAUGGGGACCGCACAGCGCUAUGACCACUAGUGUGGUUCGAGACACCAAGACCAGCCACUUCACCCUGGCCCUGCAGCUGGGUGUCCCUCAUUCCUAUCUGAUGAUGAGUUACCAGUACAAGUUCCAGGAUGAGGACCAGACCAAGGUCAAGGGAUCGAUCAAGACUGGUUGGUUUGGUACAGUGUUGGAGUAUGGAGCAGAGAGGAAGAUCAGUCGGCACAGUGUCCUGGCUGCUACUGUCAGUGUCGGAGUGCCACAAGGAGUCACCCUCAAAAUCAGGUUGGCUCGUGCCAAUCAGACCUAUCUGUUCCCAGUCCACCUGACAGACCAGCUGCUGCCCAGUGCAGUGUUCUACGCCACCGUGGGGCCUCUACUAGUCUACAUGGCCAUACACCGACUGGUCGUUAUACCAUACACACGCUCCCAGAAACAACAAGAUCUGGAGCUACAGAGGAAGAGCUCAGAAGUAGACAUGGUCAAGAAGAAACAAGAGGCAGAGUCAGCUGUUCUGCUGAUGCAGGAGUCUGUGAGGAGAAUCAUCGAGGGAGAGGAAUCUAAGAUGGGUCUGAUCAUCCUGAAUGCGUGGUAUGGAAAGUUUGUGACAGACAACUGCGCGCGCCAAGAGAGAGCUCAGGUUAUAGAUGUUACUGUCCCUCUGCAGUGCCUGGUCAAGGACUCCAAACUCAUACUCACUGAGGCAUCAAAGGCGGGGUUGCCAGGUUUCUAUGACCCAUGUUUAGGAGAGGAUAAGAGUCUGAAGCUGCUGUAUCAGUUCAGGGGGGUGAUGCACCAAGUCCUCUCAGCAGACACUGAGGCUCUACGGAUACCCAAGCAGUCUCACAGAAUCGAUGCUGAGGCGUAGGAACCCUCUGUUACGGGAGCAACGAGGGGCAAGUGGAGACAUAGACAGACAGACAGACAGACAGACAUUGACAGACAUUGACAGAAGGACUGACAAGCGGAGGUCGAGAGACAAACAAAGUUAAUAGAAAUUCUCUUUCUCUUUCCCCAUCACAUUUAUGAAUUCAGACAUGAGUUCCUCCUCUCAUCUUCUCCAUCCCAGUGGUGGAGGAUGUGGGCAGUCCUCUCCUCUCUCGAAACCCACUAGAUACCUCUCUUUUAGCCAUUGUUGUUUCCACUCUGUGUGUGUGUGUGUGGUUGCGUGUGUGCGUGUGUGUGGAAAAUGUACUGAUAUCUCCCUUUCUCCCCUCAUCUCCCCAGAAAGGUGCAAUAUGACUCCUGGUGUACAUAUCAGUGAAGUCUGCUACAGUUAAUAUUGUACAACUAAUAUUAUACCACUGUACUAUACUAGUUGUACUAAUGUUUUACACCACUAACUCAUGCUAACGUUAAGGUUACAACAGAACUAUGCAUGAAAACGUGUUCAUCAGUACCACUAUACUGUGCCAGUCAUUCUAAUAACACAUAAGGGCACACCCAUAAGGGUUUCAAAUAAUUAUGAGAAUAUUAACACUAGUCUAUUUUUAAGGCACCCCAAUAGCCAAUGUGUGAUUGGAUCCCUGGUAGGCUUGGUUGAGUUGGUAUGAUUGAGAUGGAUGCUGGGGAAGCACUGCCUGAGCAACAGUGACGAGUAGAGAGAAAGUCCAAUGAUGUCAUUCAUAUAUACAUCAUGGUGUAUAUAUAUUAUUUAUAUAAUGUUUAUGAGAAAGCCUCUGUGAGAGUAAGUUUGCUACUAAAGCAUCUAUGCACGUACAUCUAUCUAUCAGUCACUGUCAAUGGAAACAACAGGCAAGUGGGAUGUGGUGGGACUAUUGUACUUUUAUGUAUACAUUUAUUUGUUUAGACCUGGUCAUAUCAGAUCAUCAAAAUGAUGAUGGUGAUGAAGAGUAUUAUAAUGUAUUAGUCAAUCCAUCCUUUAUGUGCCAUACCUUCAGUUUCCAUGGUAAUAUUGUUUGUCCCUGUUGUCUUGUUUAUAUGUUUUUAUAGCCGUGUGUAAUAUCCUGUAAUACUAUAGACCAAACAGAUACACACUGUUCUACUUGACACAUUGACUAAUUAUUGACUGACAGUGUUGGUCCUUUCUGUCUCUGUCUGUGAAGGCAAUAUACUGUAUAGGCUAUUGAUGAGUGACAUAGUUGAACUCAAAUCAGUAAAUGUACUGUAUGCAUUUUUGUCAAUGUAUAGGCAAAGGUUAAAAUUGUUUUUUUCAGUGGUGGAAACUGAAGAAUGAUAUACUUUUCAACACAGUUCUGGUCCAUUCCCACUGUAUGCUGUCCCCUAUCCUACGGUGCUGAAACCCCCAAUGGAACCGCAUUUACAGGUCUGUGUAGUCAGAACACGGGAUCUAUUCUAUGUCAUGUAUUUGAGCAGAAAGUCACUCAUCCUCUCCGGUGUUUUGCCCUAGAGCUGAGUCAGUUUGGUGGAUCAGGUUAUCGGGUUGUUAGCAACUGUACUUGUCGGUCUCUUCUUACCAGUUAAGAUUUUGUAGACCGUAUUUGUGAAUGAGGUUGACUGACUCAAACACCCAACACACUUUACAGAAUGAGGCAAGAACAAGCAAACAUUCACCCCAUUUGAGACACAACACUUUUCUUCCUCCAUUAAGGAUGUUUGCUCAUAAUGUCCCCUUCGCAUGCUGUUAGCCUCCAUGUUAAAGUCAGCCCUGCCACUAGUCACCCACUCAUCACUGUUCUUUCAGCCACCACCCUAAGGUCCACUGUUACAUUCCUGCCCUUGCCAUGACCCAAACUGUCUAAAAUUGAUGUGUUUGGAGCUAGUGGACUAUGUAGUCAUGUAAAGAUAUAACAAAUAAAAAGAUGAGCCACGGA